AUGAGUGGUGAUCAAAAAUUAGAGGAUUCUUCAAUGUCUAGUGGCCCAUCAAUGGCUUAUCAAACAUGGCAGAUGGAAAAUAAAGUUGAUUCCUGUGAAAUGAUUUAUCGUUAUGAUACAGUGGAACAACAGGCUAUACGAGCUGCAAAACCUUGGGAAAAAGACCCUCAUUAUUUCAAAGAAAUCAAAAUAUCAGCGUUGGCACUAUUAAAAAUGGUAAUGCAUUCAAAAAGUGGGGGUAAUUUGGAAGUUAUGGGAUUGGUGCAAGGUAAAGUUGAUGCAAGAACAUUGGUUGUUGUAGACAGUUUUGCUUUACCUGUUGAAGGAACCGAAACUCGUGUUAACGCUCAAGUGCAGGCAUAUGAGUACAUGACAACUUUUACUGAUAGUUCAGAAGCUGUUGGAAGAUUGCAUAAGGUCGUAGGUUGGUACCAUAGCCAUCCAGGAUAUGGUUGUUGGUUGAGUGGAAUAGAUGUGUCAACUCAAGCUCUAAAUCAGCAGUAUCAAGAGCCAUUUGUGGCGAUUGUUAUUGAUCCUGUUCGAACUGUAUCAGCUGGAAAAGUAGAACUGGGCGCUUUUCGAACUUAUCCAAAAGGUUAUAAGCCUCCUGAUGAGACUCCUUCAGAGUAUCAGUCGAUUCCUUUAAAUAAAAUCGAGGAUUUUGGUGUUCAUUGUAAACAGUACUACCCUUUGGAGGUGACAUACUUUAAGUCAUCUUUGGACUCAUGCCUACUAGAUUCACUGUGGAAUACAUACUGGGUUAGUACGUUGUCUAGCAAUUCGCUGAUUACUAAUUCGUCAUAUGUUACUGCACAGUUGAAUGAUCUUGCUCAGAAGAUUCAGAAUUUAGGUAAAUGUAGAUUUCUCCAAGGAUCGCGUACAGAUUCGGUUGCAUCGGAAAAGUUAAUGAAAGUAAUCAAAGAUACGAAAAAGGUUAAUAGUGAAGUUACUCAUGGAAUGAUGACCCAAAUGAUCAAAAAUGCGUUGUUCAAUUAUGCACCGAUCUCAUUAUCAGGAAAAACAAUUACAGAUGAUAUGUGUCAAGAGUAA